ACAGCCCAGACGCGGCAGAUGGACAGAGUUGAACGAGUCGGACACACUGGGCCGGCCUAACUGAGAGAAUACGCGAAAACGGACCUUUCUGUCUAUUUCAAUCCACACCCACUCACGAACUGACCCUCCUCCGCGCCGUGCUCCAUGGACACCGGUUGUUUCACCGCGGCGCAGCGCCUCUCGUGCCACGCCAUGAAUGCGGAUUUAUUCAAGCCUGCUCCGGAACGCGGAGCCCAGCAGCCCUCCGCCCCAGUGAGAACCAGCAGGAAUAAACCCGAACAGCCCAAACCGGAGCUGGCUCAGGUGGUGACGGACUCCAAAACGGGACGGUGCUACAGCAAAGGGAAGCUUUUGGGAAAGGGCGGCUUCGCUCGAUGCUACGAGAUGACGGACCUCUCCAGCAACAAAAUGUAUGCCGUGAAGGUGAUUCCACAGAGCAGAGUGUCCAAACCCCACCAGCGGGACAAGAUCACGAACGAGAUCGAGCUCCACAAAACCCUGUCGCACAAGCACGUGGUGAAAUUCUCUCAUCAUUUCGAAGACCAAGAGAACAUCUACAUCUUCCUCGAGCUCUGCAGUCGUAAGUCCCUGGCACACAUUUGGAAGGCGAGACACACGCUCACGGAGCCAGAAGUGCGAUAUUACCUCCGGCAGAUCAUCUCCGGCCUCAAGUACAUCCACAGCAGAGGGAUCCUGCACCGAGACCUUAAGCUAGGCAACUUCUUUGUCAACGAGAACAUGGAGCUGCGGCUGGGAGACUUUGGCCUCGCCGCCAAGCUGGAGACAGUCGAGCUGAGGAAAAAAACAAUCUGUGGGACUCCCAACUACUUGGCCCCCGAGGUGCUCAACAGACAGGGCCACGGCACAGAGUCUGACGUUUGGUCCCUGGGAUGCGUCAUGUACACCCUGAUGUGUGGCAACCCUCCGUUUGAGACCCUCGACCUGAAGGAGACCUACAAGUGUAUAAAAGAUGUCCGGUACAACCUGCCGGCGUCGCUGCCCCCCGCUGCACAGAAACUCAUCUCUGGCAUCCUGCAGAAAAACCCCAGCGACCGACUUGCACUGGAUCAAAUUCUCAACCACGAAUUCUUCACCAAAGGUUUCACCCCCGAUAAGCUUCCACCCAGCAGCUGUGUGAUGGUGCCAGAGCUCCACCCUCCCAGCCCUGCCAAGAAAUUCUUUACUAAAAUGGCAAAGAGCUUCUUUGGCAAGAAGAAAGCCAAAGUGGAGAAGAUCCCAUGCGAAGAAAAAGAUGACAAAGAUAUUUCCAAGCUUGUGUCAGGCAUCGUUAAAUGUUCCAUCAACCGGCAAAUCAGCUACAAGACGGACGCCAACGAGGUGCCCUCUCCAAUAGCCCCGGUCGUCAGCUCUGUGCCGCUGGAACCGACUCCUGCGGAGGAGGAAUCAAGGAAGUCAAUCUCUCGUUCCUUCAAGGGAACAACGGCCAGCAGCACAGAACCAUGUGAGGACGUCCUGACCCCUGCAACUGUGUCUGAGUCGGCCCUGAAAGUUCUCAACAGCUGUCUGGCAAACAUGCCUGCAGCUACUAGAAACCCCCCUUGUUUGUCCAGCCCCCAGUCCUUCCUGUGGGUGACCAAGUGGGUCGAUUACUCCAAUAAAUAUGGUUUUGGCUACCAGCUCUCGAACCAAAGCAUCGGCGUGCUCUUCAACGAGGGCACGCGCCUGAGUCUCUGUGAUCAACGCAAGACAGUCCACUACCGCUUUCCCAACAACAAACAUUUCACAUUUGCUGCCAACGCUCUACCUGAGCAGCUCCGUGGCCAGAAACAGAUUGUGGACCUCAUGGCCAACUACAUGGAGCAAAACCUUAUGGAGGGUGGAGAUCUUCAUUGUGAGGAUCAAGUAUCUGGUUGUCCUCCUCUGCUGCUCCAGUGGGUGAAGACGGACCAUGCGCUUGUCAUGCUCUUCAACAACGGCACAUUACAGGUUAACUUCUACGCCGACCACACAAAGAUCAUCCUGUGCAAGUCAUCAGACUCCUAUUUACUCACCUACAUCAGCCGGGAGCGCAUCUCGUGCACGUACCUCCUCAGCAUGCUGAAUGAGAUGGGCUGCACCUCUGAGCUGAGACACAGACUGCGCUACGUGGUCCAGCUUCUCCAACACCAUGCUGAUGACUGAGGAUACAGCUCGGUGCCUCCCAGGAUGCCUCCACGCUAUCUGACAUGGUUAACACCUCUUUCUGGGCAGUCUGACUGGUUUUUAAAAUGUGUCAUGACGUUGCUGGGACGAGCUGAAUGGAAGAUCUGCCGCAAGGUUUUGUGCCUGUCUAGUUUAUGCCUCCCAAAGGUAUCCAAUUGAUGCCUAUUAGCCGCCCACCUGGCCUGAAAUGGAUCCCUCACAGGCAGAUGCCUAAAUUAACACCCAAAUACUUCCCUUACUCACUGAAAACCAAUGCUUCAUGGCCGGCCCCUUCAAAGCCACCAACCCUGGAGCGCUCGGGGUUCCUUGAUAGCAUCCAAACACUAAUACACCCAUAUUUGCUUACAAUCUUGAAGAUGGAAUUUUUUUUUUAUUAGCUCCAUAUUCCAAAAGUGUUGAGGGAGCAAGGCCGUUCAUGGCGUUUGCUUCCAUUGGAACUGCGACUUUGCAGCAGAAUGCUUUGGGAGUUGAGUUUGACUGAGACCUCCUGCCCUCAGGUGGUUUCUGGCCGGUUUUGGACUAUGGUGCACACAUUCAUUUUAAAAAGAAAUUCGGUCAACUACAGGAUCACGCUAUGAUCUUGACCUGGCAUGCACAAGUAACAUUCCUGGCCUUAUUCGAUGAUGGUGAUGCUAAGGUUUGGAUAAAGGGGUGUCUCCUCUUCUGAUCAAACAUCCCUUUGUUUUUCUUUUAUAGUUAACAAAUUUCACUGAUGUGGUACACAGCAUACUAAAAGGGGCUAUGGGAGCAACACAAUUGCACAUUUUUUUUGUAUCUGGAGAGAAACCUUUUACAACCACUUAUAUUUUAUUAGUUUUUAACUAGAUACCAAAAGGCAUUCUUUUUAAAAUUCAUUUUAGAAUCACAAUACAGUAGUUGAUUGUGUGUGCGCCACACAUGCUGUUGGUUUGCAAAUGUGGGAGGGAGGGAGGGAGGGGGGGGUUAAAAGUGCCUUUCUUGGGGAUGUCUGUAUAGUGCAAUAACAACUCUUUGAAUGUCAAGCUGGAUACAAAGAUGAUGCGUUUUAGAGGUGGGAUUUACUUUUGUACUUUGAACAAAGUUUAGAAGUAAUUCCAAUAGCACUACACUCUCACUACCUGGUAUAAGCUUUUAGAACAACUGGCAUCAUAAGUAUAUAUCCCAGUAAUAUCUACUUAGGAAAAAAGAACAUUGUAAUCUGUUGUACUGUAAUCCUUAUCGGUUUACAUUGCUUUCUCGACCCAGAGUUGUAUCCUAAAAACUGUGACCUGGAAUGCAAGUAUUACGUACAUGUGUUUUCAAAAAACCCAACAUUGUGAAAGCCAUCUGCCAAUUCUGAAGAGUCUUUAUUUUUUUGGCACAUACUGUCCUAUUUAUUUUAUUUAUACUUGUUUUUUAUUUAUUGUGAAAAUGUUACCGUCUUGACUCAAGGAAAUAUUCAAUUCCGAUCACCUUUUGUAUGUAACAUAUAUUGGGGGGGGAAAUGGGACAAAAAUAAAGUUGAUUUAAAAUUAA